AUGGCUAACGAAAGAACCUUCUUAGCGUGGCUCCGAACUUCGCUAUCGUUCAUCACGAUCGGUAUUGGCAUCACCCAAUUGUUCAGAUUGGAGGAUAAAUCGUCCAAGGUUCUGAUUAACCGUUUUUUCGUCGAGCUAGACGACAACAGUCACGUAAUCACCGAUUAUGGCAGGCCAUUAGGAUGUCUUUUCAUAAUUUUGGGUAUACUAACAUUGCUCUUCGGAGUGAUUCGCUACUUCAAAGUCCAGCACAUGCUAGUGAAGAACUACUACCCGGCUACAAGAUUAUCGAUCCUAAUAUUGAUAUCACUUCUUCUUGCAGUGGUAAUAUCGACUUUUGUAAUGGUUAUAAAGUCAUUUGUAUAG